CGAACAUUACUUCCGCAAUCAUAUGAAGUAUAAAAAUGAUAAACAAUGGAGUUUAAGAUUUCUUUCUACACAUUAGUGAUCAUCAUAUUACCUGCUGUUCUUAAAGUUAUGCAUGGAGCACAACCCGAAAACCCAUGUCCUCAUACAGUGGACAAUAAAGUAGCAGAUAUGUGUACAGACGAUUCAGUAGUAGAAAGUAGCAUUUAUGGAGGUAAAACAGUUGACAGUGUAUUAUUACGUAUAACGAAACAACACAACAACUGUAUAUGUCAUGUUAGUCUACAAAACACUGUAACUAAUUAUACUAUAUAUAUGUCUAAAUACGAAGGAUUUAGUAAUUCAGCCCCAGAACAACAGAACUGUGGACUUGCAGUCGACGUCGAAUAUUCAGAUACAUCGGAUAUAACUCAAUCUCUUCAGUCGAUUCAAUGUACAAUUGGAACUAGUAUGAGGUCAAUUGCAUUAGAAGGCAAUGAGCUUAAACUUAAAUCAAGGAUAAUAGCAGGCGACUUCACCAGGGGAUACUGUAUGCAGAUAUAUAGAAAUCAAGCGAUAAUAACCUGCAAAAUGAAUGACCAAGUACAAAAAGCAGGUUCAGAUGGAGAUUGGAUAGAAACAUAUGGUACACAACAUACAUCUGUUGAUGAGUGUAAACAAUAUUGUCUGCAAAGUAAAGUUUGUGUAGCUGUUCAUUAUGAGUAUUCAAAUCAAUAUUGUUUUGUUUACAACAGUACAACAAAACUAUUUACUCGAGAUGAUGCAACGUAUUCACAGAAGCAUUGUGUCGACACUCAAAAAUUGAAAAUUAGGUGUUACCGUCCAGAAUCAACAACACAGACAGACCAUGUAACUACUACAGAGGACACUUUUACAACAAAAUUUGAAACAGUAACAAAACCGAUCAGCGAUAACCACGCGAAAAAUUCUAACACUCAGUCAACUAUUGCAAGAGAGAAGGAAAAUAUCAAAGAUACGUCUACUUCAUUUUUGGUGGCAUUAGUAAUUGCUAUUAUCGGUUGUACCGUUGCUGUCUUCUUUGCUGGUACAACUGUAUUUUUCAACAGACAAUUGCAUAUACAGAAAAGGAAAAUUCCGAUUACGUCAAGUGUUAAUUAUGUCGACCUUAGUGGAGCGAGAGAUGUUUCUAACUACACCGCUAUCAAUACUCAAGCGAUGAGUGAACAGCAAUAUGAAAUAGUCAAUCAAAGAACAUGA